CAUACUUACAGAUAUAUUUAAACACGUUCCACUCUAAAUUUACUCACAAUGGCUGAUACGGAUACUCCAGCAGCAGAAGGAGAGGAGAAGCCACCUCCAUCGAAGGCGAAACGAAUUACCUAUUUAGUCCUUCAUGUCUUGCUUCACAUAAUCCUAAUAUUCUACUUUAUUGGAGCAACAGUCGUAUAUAUUUUGUAUGACAAGGAUUCCGAUGAUUGCAUUCCACCUGAGAAUCCCGCGGAAACGACCGAAACGGUGGAAAACUCAACAUUAAGUGAAACCACCACAGAAGUAUCAGCCGAAAGAUUUCUUGCUGAGAACGAGUUUAAGCCAAAUAUUCUAUGUAACAUUAACUGGUGCCAUGGAUACGGAUUUCUCAUCUUCAUGUUUGUUACAUUUUAUAUAUUGUGGCUUUACUACUGGGUAUUCAAGCCAUAUGUAGGCAUCAAGCUUUACAAUAAUUACCUAGAGCCAGCCAUAGACUCAUGGAUUGUGUUUAGUCGCAAGUGGAUCGUCUCUGGUGUAAUGCUGGCAGUUGUGGUCUCAGUGGUAGUAGCCUACCUCGGUUACGAGUGCCGGAGCGACACGAACAAGGUGAUCGGACUGAUGGGACCCUUGUGUUUUAUCCUGAUCGGAUUUGCAGUGUCCAAGCAUCACAAAAGUGUCCAGUGGCGCAUUGUGACACACGGCCUCCUGGGCCAGCUGCUGCUGGGGAUUAUCUGCCUGCGCGUCGGUUUCGGCAACGCUAUAUUCCACUGUUUCGGCGAGAAGGUGGUCACCUUUUUGAGCUACGCUCAGUACGGAGCACGCUUUGUGUACGGUGAUCGAAUCUGCGACGAGUUCGUCUUCGCCUUUGCCAUACUGGCAGUGGUGUUCUUCUUCAGCGUGAUUUCGAGCAUCAUGUACUACCUAGGCUGGAUGCAGUUCGUCCUGAACUCUUUUGGGUUUUUAUUGCAAGCCACGGUGGGCACCACUGUCUGUGAGAGCGUGAAUGCAGCGGGAAACGUCUUCCUAAGCAUGUCCGAGAGUCCCCUCUUAAUCCGACCGUACAUCAUAAUUCUGACCGUUAGCGAGCUACAUACAAUCUGCACCUCCGGCUAUGCUUCAGUGUCGGGAACGGUUUUUGGGGCUUAUGUGUACUUUGGCGCCUCGCCCGCCUACCUGAUCUCGGCCAGCGUGAUGGCUGCUCCCGGCGCCCUGGCCUUCUCAAAGCUGUUCUACCCGGAGACGGAGGAAUCAAUGACCAGAUCUGAUAACAUUCAAAUAGAGAAGUCGCCGGAUUCCUCCAUUAUGGAUGCAGCCGCCAGUGGAGCGGCAGCCGCUCUGUUGAUUGUGCUCGGAAUCGUGGCGAACAUCAUUGCCUUUCUGGCCAUUGUGUCCUUCCUCAACGCCAUAGUUGAAUGGACUUUUGAGCUAAUCGGGCUGCAGGGCAUCACAAUGCUUUUCCUGCUCUCCCAGAUUUUUGUCCCAUUUGUGUUCGUGAUGGGUGUACCGUGGUACGACUGUCAAGACAUUGCGCUAAUCGUGGCCGAGAAAUCGCUGAUAAAUGAGUUCAUCGCCUAUAAACACCUGGGCGAGUUAAUGAACGAGGACAAGGUCGACGCGCGGAGUUCUGCUAUAGCCACUUUUGCAAUUUGCGGCUUUGCCAACCCAGGAUCACUGGGCAUCCUCAUCGCUGCACUAAGUGCAAUGGCCCCAAGCCGACGACUAGACAUUACCAAUGUGGCCAUCCGAGCCUAUUUUGCUGGCAGUUUCGUCAGCUUUACUUCAGCGUCACUUGCAGGUAUUCUGAUUCAGGAUUAUAGUACCCCCCGUUCCGACCUCAAUAAAUUCAUUAGCUUACCCACCGAUAUGCGACAUUUGGAUCACAUUAUGUUGAAUAUGUAAACUAGUCGGACUCUAUAUUAGAAGUACAUUAAACGGAUAAAGUUAAGAUCUUGGUAAAAUACUA